AUGAGAAGCGAUAAAUCAGAAGAAGACGUUCCACCGGAGGAAGAAAAAUGCGCACUAAGAGAAGUGAUCGUUGAAGAACCAGAAGCUAGUGAAGAUUCCAGUGAAGACUAG